AUGGUCAACGACGAACUGGUUGCUCAAAUGGGCCCGCCAAUUCUUCAAUCGGGGCUGAGUAGUGGUCCCCAAGGGAAUCCUCCGUUUACGGGUGAUCCGAGCAAUGGAAUCGUCUCCACAAUCGCCAACAACAUCACCCCCAGUGCCUCCUCUAAUAAUGUUGUGUUUACCCGAGAAGAACUUAAGGAACUCUCCACAAUUGAUAGUCAACUGUUUGGAAUUCUAAAAUUGGAUGAUCCAGCAAAUAAGAAAUUCAAAGCGACACUCCAGAAGGGAAUCAAAGCUUUUGAAGUUGCCUUACUGAAUCGUUGGCUAUUGCUUGAAAAAUCGGAACAAAAUUCGUGCAAUUUAGUUGCCUCAAGCUUGAAGAUGAAGAAUAUCGACUCCAGAAUCUACUGUCGUUUAGGUCACUACAACCUUUUUAUGGGCUAUUAUUCUAAAGCUUUGUCUGCAUAUCAACUUUAUUUUGGUCUUGAACCUGAGUAUUGGAAGGACUCGCCAUUUCUCUUCAGCCUCGGUCUCAUCUACUUUCACUACAAAGCAUUUCCUUGGGCAAUCAAAGCUUUCAAGCAACUCAUUUACGUCGAUCCUUCAUUCUCGAGAGUCAACGAAGCUCACAUUCGUCUUGGUCUCAUAUUCAAAGUUCAAAAGCAAUUCGGCUUGUCCUUCAAGCACUUUCGGCUUGCGCUAAACGAUUCCAAUCCUUGCUCGUUUGGAAAAAACGAAAUUAAAUUUCAUAUUGCUCACCUCUAUGAGCUUCAAGGAAAUUUCACCACUGCCAAAGAACUAUACCUUGAACUGCUUAAUGAAAACAAUUUAACGCCAACACUUCGCUCUGAAGUUUUUCGACAGCUCGGAUGGAUGCACUACAAUGUUGAAGCACUAGGCGAGAAACAACACCGGCAACGUCUUGCCCUCAACUACAUAUUGUCCUCAGUGCAGAAUAAUCCCGACUCCAGUCAGAGCUACUACUUUCUGGGGAGAUGCCACGCUAGUCUGAGUAAAAUUCACGACGCCUUCAUAUCAUAUCGUCAUUCAGUGGAAAAGGCUGAAGCAAACGCCGACACCUGGUGCUCCAUUGGUAACCUCUAUCAGCAGCAGAAUCAGCCCUUGGACGCUCUCCAGGCGUACAUCUGCUCGGCUCAGCUAAAGAAGGACCACGAGGCUGCAUGGACCAACUUGGGCACGCUCUAUGAGAAUCACGGUCAGGUACAUGAUGCUUACAAAUGCUACAUUCAUGCUACCAGAAGAAGAGGAACGAAAGCAAACCCAGCUCUCGUGGAACGUCUUCAGUUUCUCAAAACAGCCCUUGCCAACUUUCCCCAAAUAGCACCUUCAGGAUCACAACAGAAGAUACCUUCUCUUGAAGAGGCUUGGAAUCAUUCCGUUUCAAAUGAAAUGGCAACACGUCAAAACUCAAACUACCGUCAGCAGAUACCUCUUGGUUUGACUCCGGAUGAACAGCUCAAGCGUCUAAAAGGCGAAUUGUGUUUGCCGGGUCGAAUCAACAACUUCAAUUCAUAUCAUUUCAUUGAACAAAACCACCCAAUACAUCACAAAAUGGUCGAAGGCGUAAACAUGAAGCAAACCCACGUUGCAGACUCGUUUGCAUUACCAAACUCAAAGAUGUCUCCAAGCAUUCCAGUUCAGCUGAACAACAAUGUUAAGACGCCGCUUUCUUCAGGCACCUUCAACAGCCAUCUAAUUCAUCCUGCCAAAACGAGCCGCUCAUUUCGAGACUCUGUCGACAGCGAUGCCAUGUCAAAUCACACCCAGUCGUCUGACGACUCCAUCAGCUGCACCCCGGAAGGCAAAGAAACGUAUUCUAGUCAGUUUACUAACUUCAACACUGCCAAUAGUGUCACCUCGAGUGCGUCAUCACUAAUCAACAACAACAAUAACAACAACAAGGAGGAAGCUGUUGUCGCCUCUAUUCUCUGCAACCCCUAUCUCCAAAUGUCCUCAGCUGACCCUAGUCAGAAUGGUGCGUCCAGCACACAGCCUCAAUUGAAUAUUUCUAUGACUGCCCAGCAAGUGAUUGCAGCAUGCGAGAAUGUGCCUGUCAAUACGAAGAUCGUCUCCAGCAUCGUUUCCGACUAUGGCGAGCCGCCGCUUCCCCCUGAUUCACCCUACCCGCCGGUGUUCUGUGAGCCGGAUAGCUUCCUCCCUACGCCCUGCAUUAUGGUGGAGUCAAAGAAGGACGCCUUCGGCAUGGAACUGCAGAGAAACUGUCUCCAGCAUCCGAUUGUCAUUAUAAGGAACUUGGCCAGCGUGCUCAAGCUAGACCUGGGCUUGUUCUCCACGAAAACACUGGUCGAAUCGAAUCCCGAUCAUACUAUCGAAGUGAGGCGACAGCUGUCUCAGCCUUCAGAUGCAAACUAUGACGAAGAACAAGGGCGCCAUAUUUGGCCGUGCAAGAGUACACGCUCUCACACUACCAUCGCUAAAUAUGCCCACUACCAGGCAUCUUCCUUCAAUGAAUCGCUCAAGGAAGAAAGAGAAAGAGCCUCUGGGCCUAACUUGAGAGAUCCCGAGACUGAUUCUAACUCGAAUAUUCCAAAGUUCUUCAAAAAUAAGCAUAAAAUCGUCAAGUUUGGCACCAAUGUUGACUUGUCUGAAGACUCAAAGUGGAAGCCUCAGCUUCAAGAGCUUGCGAAGUUGCCGAACUUUGCACGCGUCGUUUCAGGCUUCAAUAUGCUAAGUCACGUCGGCCAUACAAUCUACGGCAUGAACUCCGUUCAGCUGUAUAUGAAAGUUCCUGGUUGUCGAACUCCUGGGCACCAGGAGAACAACAACUUUUGUUCGGUCAACAUCAACAUUGGUCCUGGAGAGUGCGAAUGGUUCGGUGUGGCUCCUGAAUACUGGGGCGUCAUUCACCGCCUUUGCGAGAAAAACAAUACAAACUACCUUCAUGGAUCAUGGUGGCCGCUGCAAAAGGACCUCGAGGCCGAAAACAUUCCUGUGUAUAAGUUUAUGCAGAAGCCGGGCGAUAUCGUCUGGGUUGGCGCAGGCACCGUCCACUGGGUUCAGGCCAGUGGAUGGUGUAAUAACAUUGCUUGGAACGUGGGACCGUUUACUGCCCAGCAGUAUGAACUGGCCAUCAGUCGAUACGAAUGGAACAAGCACGAGCACUACAAGUCAAUAGUGCCUAUGAUUCACCUCACCUGGAACCUUGCUCAAAAUAUCCGAGUCUUUGAUAAUGAACUCUUUUCUCUUAUGAAAUCUGUUUUAUUGCGUUCAUUCAAGCACUGCUUAAUGGUGGUCAAUUUUGUCAAGAGCUUGGGUCAUGAAAUUCAGUGGCAUGGAAGAGGCAAGAACGAGCCUUCUCAUUACUGUGCAAACUGUGAAGUUGAAGUAUUUCACAUUUUGUUUGUGAAGAAAAUUGACGGUAAACAUGUUGUCCACUGCUUUGAUUGUGCCCGCAAGGUCAGCCCUCAACUGGAUGGUUUUGUGAUCCUCGAAGAGCACAAGUUGUCUGAAUUAUCCGCCAUUUACGACAAGUUUGUCAUUUAUACUUGUUGA